UGUGAUUGACAACAGGAAAGAUAGACGAUAGAUAAUUCCUUAGCCAUAAUUAAGACACCUGAUUAAAAGUGCCAAUACCAAAUAGUUGUUGUAUGUGUGUGUAGCCUACUGGUCAACAACCCAUCAAUACAUAUAUAACUGAUAGUGAUACAAGAAUCCCAACACAAUUGCAAUCAUUGGAAUCAGUGAAAAACAACAUUCCAAAAGAAUUAAACUUGUCAUCUUUGGUUAAAAGUAGCAUACAGAGAGAAUUAAAUCUGUUACACUUGGUGAAAAACAGCAUUCCUAAAGAAUUAAAAUUACAGUCAGUUGAAAAGCGUCAAACUGGAAUAGACAAUAACGUUGAAUUCAAACAGAAUUCCACAAUAGGCUAGAUAAUAAAAGAAAAUCUCCAUCACCAUCCAAAAUGUCAAAAACCAAGCUUGAAACAGUAGCUGAUGAUAGCUUGGACAAAGAACAGAGAUGUUUUGAUAUGGGUGUGAAGUGCUGUAAUCUUUUAGUCAAACCCGAAAAUCUUUAUAAAUUGGCCACAAAACAAGUGAUGAAGCUACAUCUGAAACGUUCUCUACCAAGAACAAUCAGUUUUUCGCAGUUAUUAAAAAAUCUCUCCAAUUUACAGAUAUUAGAUCUUUCCUACAAUAAUAUGGGUCCACAGGCUUUCCGAGCUGUGUGUCUAGCUAUGUGCAGUAAUAUAACUAUCACUAGUUUGAAUCUGGCAGAUAAUAGAACAGAUACAGAUACUUCGGCAUGCAUAGGUAAAAUGGUACAAGAAAACGGCACAUUACAGUAUUUAGAUGUAUCUGGUAAUAGUCUAGGAAAGGAUUAUUUUUCAAGAUGUGUUGGUCCAGCUCUUAAAACAAAUACUUCAUUGACAAGAUUAAAAGCCCAAAGUAUUGGAAUUGUUGAUGUGAAUGUUUUAUUAGAAGGGUUAAAAGAGAAUAAAACUAUAACAGAAUUAGAUCUGAGUAGCAACCAAGUAACAGACAGACGUUCUUUAGGAGAGGGACUCAACACAGUUCUAAAGAAUGUUGAUUGCAAACUAAGCUCUCUGUGUUUGUGUAACUGUGAUAUAAAUAGUGAUGGUAUUAAACUGUUGUUGGAUGGAUUACAGCUCAAUAAAUCUCUUGUAGAACUUAAUCUUAGUGGAAAUGAGUUUGAAGAGAGUGAAUUGCUAUAUAAUUUUCUUGUUUCUGCUUUCCAACAUGAUUCUUUGUCUCAUCUUUAUAUAAAUGAUGCCAGAAUAUCCAAUACAUCAUUGACAAGUGAAGUUUCAGUAACUUCUUCAACUAUAUCAUCCAUGACUAGUUUAAAGUUGAAUUCAAGCAAAAUUACCAAUCAGAUGCUGUCUUUCCUGGGCAGAAAUUUCUGUGGGAAAUUGUGUAAUUUACUUGAUCUGGAUAUUAGCAAUAAUAAUGAUCUUAAGCCAGAAUGUCUACAAGAUAUUGUAAAGCUUACACAGGAUGCUGCUGGAAAUAGUUCAUUACAAAAGUUAACGUUUGGGUUGAAUGAAUGUGAUAGUAUAGCAGAGAAUCUUCAAACACAGUUCCCCAAUUUGGAAUAUUUAAACCUGAGAAAAGCCAGGAUGAGUGUUGAGAAAUUGGAAGGGUUAUCGAUAAUUGUCAAGAAUAAAGGUCUUCAAAUAUCAACUUUAGUUUUAGAUGGGUUAAAACUUUCAGGAACCGAAGCUAUGAAAUCUCUUAAUGCUGCAUUGUCUUCCAGUAAUAUAACAGCUUUAAGUUUUGAUGGGUGCUCCCUAGCUGAUAAGGAUAUGUUACAGUUAUUUGAUGCCAUGAAUGCACAACUUAAAUUGCAUAUGUUGAAAUUGUCUGCUAAUCGCUUCACUGAUGAAUUAAUAACACAACUUGUUAUGGUUCUGCUGAAGAAAACAGACUAUCCCUUAGCAGUUUUAGAUGUUUCAAAUAACGAGCUGUGUGAUCCAAGUCCAAUUGAAAUAAGUAAAUUGUAUCUGAAGAAAGGGUCUUCUUUACAUAGUAUUAAUCUACACGGAAAUAAUAUUGGUAAAUGUGGAGUUUUAAGUCUAAUAUCAUGUUUAGGACCCAAUUCAACAUUAAAAACUCUGUAUAUGCAAAACCAAAGUAAAGCUCUUGAAGAAUCAGAGGUUAUUGAGAUCGGUUUAAAGUUGGCAGAUUGUUUAGGUUAUAAAGUCAAUAACAAAGAUGGUAUGAUAGAAAUCGGAUGUAGUGAUUUACCUACAUUACCUGAUGGUUUCCUCGUGAAUAUAUCCGGUCUAGGUGGAACCACAGGUGAUAUUGGUUAUAAACUAGAUUGUCAAGCCAUCAUUACUGAUUUAUCAACCAGACAGCUUCUAAAUCUUUCAUUUUCUGAUAUAAUGGAGUUAGCUUCAUCUUUAAAAGGAUAUGAUAAUUGUGAUUGUAUAUUGUCUAUGGAAGAAUUUAGUCAGAUUACUGGUGCUAAUAAAGAUAGAGAAGUGCCGUCAUGGUUACAGGUAUCAGGUAAAAGAGAAUUAGCUUUAUACCUGUCUAAUCUACCUGGUAAUGCUACAGUUAAUAAAAUAGAAGCACUAUUUGAUAUGGAAGCUGAUUGUAGUGUGGAUGAAGUCUGUCUUAUGAAGGAUCCUGUAACCCGAUGUAAUAAUGGUGUUGGAUGGGUGUUAAUGUGUGAUGAGACCAGUGUUAAUAAAGCUGUAGAUUUCUUCCAUCAAGGAGAGGCAAAAGUGUUUGGUCAGCCAUUUAUGAUUUCAAGAAUAAAAGUUAGGAUUGAAGACAACGCUGGUACUGAAGCGGAAAGAAAAGCUAGACAAGACAUGGAGGAACGAUUAAGACAAAGAAAGAAAGAUGACGCAGCACAUCGUCAGUUGAUACAACAUAAUACAGAAGAAUCCUGGAAGAGGCAUGCUUAUAGACUUGCUCAUCCUGCUUAUGCUGAUGGUAGAAUCUGGUAGAAAUUCAAUUCCAGUAACUUCUGACAUGUUAGAAUUUAUACUUGGACAUCAUGUGGGCAGAAGGGUUAUUUCCCAUUAAGAUUUAGUACUGAAUCUAUUCAUACUGAAUAUGCUCACCUACGACAAAUACACUCUCCGAGAGUGGAAUAGUUGGAUGAAAUUUUUAAUUUCUUUACUUUUUUAUUUGCUUGAAGUUGAAGUAAGUUAAUAUUGACCAUCUAUUGAAGAAAAACAAAAGCUAUAUGGAUUUAAUGAUCACAGUUUUAUUCAUUUUUAUAGUAUGUAAACAUGUUGUAUGUGGAUAGAGAUAGAAGCUUUAUGUUUAUAUGAAUACAUGUAUUGUAUAAGAAACAAGCUAAUUUUGUUGCUAUAGUUACUACUAUAUUUAUUAAAUUUCAUACUGUUUUAAAGGUUAUAUUUAAGAUUAUAUUUUAGAUUACAAUUGAAUUUAAUAGGAAUUUCUUGGAAAUUGUGCAGCUAUAUAUCUUGAUGGCAGCUGCAGCUCUCUGCUUAGUUCCUUGUCAAUAAACAAUAAAGACUGCAUGUAAUUCUCCUGUAAGUCUUUUCCUUUUUUAUUUCUCAGUUAAUUGGAUCUCGUACAAAACAAAAAGAAAACUACUGCACAUCACAUCAACAGUAUUUGAUAAUAGUUAGUUUUAGGCUGAUUUGUUUCUGAAAAAAAAACAGUGGCCCUUGUGGUUGUCUUUAUUCUACCCCAGCCCAAAUUUAUCUAUAAUAUUAUCUCUAAUCUGUAUUUCAAAUUAAACCAUAUGUUAGUCCCGAAAUGACCUAGUUUAUGUCAGUGUUAAAUCUCUCUCUCUCUCGCUCUCUCUCUCUCUCUCAUCUGUAUUUCAGAUGUAAUAUCUGGAUUGUAAUCAAAUUUCCUUACUUUUAAUGUGGGAUUCAGACCACUGACAUAGGUGUCAGCAUUUUAUUGUCCCAAAAAACAAAAUUAGAGUGACAAUAUUGACAACAAUAUUGUACGUAUUCACCACGUCAAAUGAAUAAUUCUACAACAAUUAAUAAGAAGUUCUAUACAGUUUGUUUGCAGUUAAAAAGGUGUUUUUAAACAUCAAAACAUCAAAAAUUAGACUAAAACUUAUAACUCAUUAAAACCGCAGAAAAAUAGGA